ACUCCAGACCUAUUCUAGGUGGUGAUGACGAUCCUGAUCAUGUUAGACAUAUUCUAGGUGGUGAUGAUGAUCCUGAUCAUGAAUCCAUCUUCGGAGGACAGUCGGAUCCAGAGCAAGAUAUCCAGAUUGCUGCUGAUCCAGAGAGGAAUGGGAUGGUCUAUCCAGGAAAGUUUGAACGAGUUGCCCCUAAAAAGUCUAAAAGUGGGAGCAUUAAACCAAUCCGUGGAAAAAGCCCAGCUAAACAAAACAACAACAAGGGAUCACAACCUGACAUCCCAGUCGAUGUGGAUCCUUGCCUCCCUUCAGACCUGCCUGAUCCCACACCGAAAGAGGAGCUGUGUGAGACUGCGGAGUGUCCGGUGUAUGAGGUGGUGGAAGUUGAGGGAACGUGUGGGUUUGAACUCAGAAAAUACACCAGUGGCGUGUGGGUAAUGACAGAAAUGAACAUGAAGAAAGGAAUUGCCGAAGCCUACACAGAGGCUGCUGAGCAACUGAUGGAAUACACGAACGGUGGAAAUGAUGGGAAUGUGACAAUGGAAGCUACCAAACCAAAGACUGUGGUCUACAUCAUGGACAAGAAUACCCCGAGGAACGCAUACCUCAGCCAGUUUCUACCAAUUUCCUAUCAUGAGGAUCCACCUCAACCUUCGGAAGGAAAACCUCUGAUUGUAAAACAUAACCCUGAGAUGCAAUACUACGUGAGAGCGUUCGGCGGGAAACCUUCUAUCCAUCAGUACAGGAGGGAGUUUGCAAUGCUAGCAGCAGCUGUCAAGAAAUCAGGACUAAAUGCGGUCAGGACCAUGCAAUUCUACCACGAGUACAGUAAUCCAGGAGAUGAGGCACAGAGGCACGAGGUAGCUGUUAUGGUGGCUCCUUCUCAAUCCUAGAUACACCUUCUCAAUCACACCUUUAAUUCCACGACUGGAAGGAGACUAAAAUAUAAUAAUAUAGGAGUCGAAACAUAGACAAUUUGACAAACGCAAAUAUAUCCCCCGAAUAGGCCAGGCUUUUGAUGAACCAUGUAAUUUGCAGUAGUUCGCUUUAUUUGAUCUUUCGAGAAAUUGCGUUAUUGAACCUUACGAAUUGACGCAAGAAUAAGUUUUUAAAAAGAAUUAAUCAAAAUUAUCUCAGUAAGAAUUUACAAUACAAUAUGUUUUAAUAUUCACUUAAUAGCCUAUUUAAUCAAGUUACAACUAUUGACAGAAUCGCAUUAUUCGG